AUGUGUCCAGAAAACGUAGAUUUAUUUUCCGCAAUUAGUCUUUCUGCGAACACUGUUGCUCGUAGGGUUGAACAUAUUGAAAGAAAUAUUAAAUCACAGCUAAAAGACAAAGCCAGCAAGUUUGUAUGCUUUUCUGUUGCACUUGAUGAGUCAAUUGAUGUAUCAGACACAUCCCAAUUGUUAUUGUUCAUCAGAGGAAUAAAUGCCAAUUUUGAGAUUACUGAGGAACUUGUAUCUGUGCACAGCAUGCAUGGAACAACAACAGGCAUAGAUAUUUUUAGAGAAGUGGAAAAGUCAGUGGCUGAGUAUAAUUUGGAAUGGAAAAAACUAAAAUGCAUAACAACAGAUGGUGGCAGAAAUAUGUGUGGAACCAAAAAGGGCUUAGUUGGGCAAAUUAACAAAGUAAUUGAGAAUUCCGGUGGAUUGAAACCUUUGGUAUUGCAUUGUAUUCUUCAUCAGCAAGCACUGUGUGGAAAGCAUCUUGAUUUAUCAUCUGUAUUAGAUCCUGUGAUUUCCACUGUUAACUACAUAAGAUCUCAUGGACUCAAACAUCGCCAAUUUCGUGAUUUGGAGGAGGAAAUGAAUGCUGAGUUUCCAGACCUACCUUACUAUACUUCAGUGUUGCUCAAAGACAGUGAAUGGCUCUGGAAAUUAGCAUUUUCAGCCGAUUUAACUAUGCAUCUCAAUGAUUUCAACCUACGGAUACAAGGUGAAACUUCACUCAUCUGUGAUUUGUACUCAAAGGUGAAAGCUUUUCGUAAGAAAUUAAUACUAUUUGAAAGUCAGUUAACAAGAAGCUGCUUUACUCAUUUUUCACGAUGUGACAAAUAUAGACAGGAAGCUGCCACUCCAUUUCCAAACUUGUUUGCUCAAGAUGUCAUUUUAGCUUUGAAGAACGUUUUUCUGAUCUUGAUGCAUGUUCUUCAAAACUAA